AUGAGCGACCAGGACAUCGACGCCCUCUUCGCCUCGCUGCGCUCCGCCGCGCCGCCCACCGCCACGCCCGCGCCCGACGCGCCCACCGACGACGUUCUCAGCGUCGCCGACGCCGACGCCGAUGCACGCCACGCCGCCUUCCGCGACAUCGAGCAGCGCCUGCGCCGCCUGCCGCGCAUACAGUCCGGCUUUGACGGCCUCGCCGCCCAGCCGCCGGCCCGCGCGCGCAGCGCGCCCCCGGCGCCGGCGCCGCCCGCCGCAGACUGGUUCCAGCUCCCGCGGCCCGAGCUCACGCCGGAGCUACGCCGCGAUCUCGCGCUGAUUAAGCACAGGGCUGCCCUAGACCCGAAGCGCCACUACCGGAAAGAGAAAUGGCAGGUCCCCGAGCGCUUCAGUGUGGGCACCGUCAUCGAAGGCACCGGUGAAUUCUACAGCAGCAGGCUGCAGAAUAGCCAGCGCAAGGCCACCAUGCUGGAAACGCUGCUCGCCGACGACGACUCCGCGCGCUACUUCCGCCGGCGCUACGCCGAGGUCCAGGUUACCAAGACAAGCGGUAAGCGCGCGCACUACAAGCGUGUGCGCGACCGACGCCGCCGCCCAUAA